GUAACAAGGUUCAAUGUUUCUAGCAGGUUAACGCUAAGUGGGUUGCGACACAAUGCCCCCCUGACAAAGCCAGCAACGGGUUGAUUAGGCAGUCGAUUAAGGUCAAACUUAACGUGGAUUUAGAGUUGAACCUGCAACAUUCGAAACUCGUCAUCUGUCCAUUUUUGUCCAAUUUUCUAAGGAACUUAACUUAAACUACAUCACAAUCCGAUCGAAUCCCCCAAUCGAAAUUCACAUUCCACUCUUUCGCGCCGUUAAAAUACCGCCAUCAUGGAUAAUUUCAAGGCUUUCGGCAAUAGUUUGAGCAAUAUCGGCUCGCAAAUCACUCCCUUUGCCUCUCGUACCUUUCAGUACACCAAGGAACAACUUGGUCAGGCUGAGGAUAAGACCCAACUCCCUCCUGAUUAUAUCGACCUAGAGAAGCGAGUCGAUGCCCUCAAGCAGGUUCACCAGAAGAUGCUUGCGGUGACUUCGCAAUACUCUCACGAAGCCUACGAUUACCCUGCCAACAUCAAGGAAAGCUUUUCGGACCUUGGCCGUACUGUUAGUGAGAAGGUCCAGCUACUUUCCGCCGCUACAACCCCUGCCGAAGCUCAGGCUGCCUUAACUGCGCCCCCGACUGCGAAGCCCCAGCCCAAGACCUUCUCCCACGCCGUUGCACGUGCCAGUUUGGCUAGCUCCCAAGUUCUACACCAGCAACACACCGGCGCCGGCGAGGAUCCUCUUGCGACCGCCCUCGAGAAGUAUGCGCUAGCGAGCGAGCGACUGGGCGAGGCCCGUCUUGCGCAAGAUGCUCAAAUCCAGAGCCGAUACCUAGCUGGUUGGAACACCACUCUCAACACCAAUUUGAUGUUCGCGACUCGUGCGCGCAAGAACGUUGAGAAGGCGCGCCUAACUCUGGACUCUGUCAAGUCCCGCGCCAAGGGCAACACUUGGAAGAUCGGUCCCACGUCUCCACGUGAAGAUCACCCCGCUACCACUGAUGAGUUGAGUGCUGAGGCCCAGGAAGAAAUUGAGAAGGCCGAGGAUGAGUUUGUCACUCAGACUGAGGAGGCCGUUGGUGUUAUGAAGAACGUCCUGGACACCCCCGAGCCCCUUCGCAACCUUGCAGAGCUCGUCGCUGCUCAGCUCGAGUACCACAAGAAGGCCGCCGAAAUCCUAAGCGAGCUUGCCCCCGUCAUCGAGGGUCUCCAGGUUGAGCAAGAGGCCAACUACCGCAAGAGCCGUGAGAGCGCUUCGUAGAUGAUUGAUACCCGCGAUACCCUUGGAUGUAACGAAAUACUUCUUUCGUCAUAGGGUUUAGCACCUGGUUGGGACUACGGACAAUCUUGAGAGCUUGUGAGCUUGGAAGAGAGUGACAGGAUUCCAUUUUUCUAUUUCUAUUUGACUCGCUAGCCUAGCUAUUCUGGCGUGUUGCGUGCUCGGACAAGUGUGAUAUAGACCGGAGUGAAGUUCUUGCAGGAUUUUCUCUAAUGAACUUUGCUACUUGAUAUUUCAAUUUCUGCUUCCGUAUGGGAGAUUAGUCAAUUGAUACUACUUUACAACUAUGA